UCUAUCGAUCGUUUCUGAGCAGUUGUAUUCCUAUUCCAGAAGUAGAAUACACAAUCGAUAUCGAUUUCUUGUUGGAUAUCAUUCAAGAUUGGUGGUUCUUGCUUCGCCCCCUAAGAAAGGUAACUACAUGUCGUGCACCAACUUAUCGAAGGUAUUGCUCUUUCAAUCGGUAAAUGGACCUUGUCGAAGGCAUCUUCCUUUCAACUAGAGCAGGAGAGAAAAGUUGUGUACCCUGUCAACUAGAAGAAACAGAAAGGAAAGGUGUCGCAAGAUACGUGGCUUCAAACUACACUCUGAUUACAGCUACAUUCUGAUGGAACGUUCUAAGAAGACAUCGGGAAUGGAUUUCCGCUACUUCCGGCGCACCAUACAGGCCUUAGGUAUGGCUCUAUUAAAAAUCGUUGAUGUAGUCGUGCAUGUGGUAUAACUUCCUGCUUCCUCUUCCUUGCUCUUCAGUCUCAGAGUCUAGCUCGAUUAGUACUAGUCCUUGUACUUCCACUUCUUCAGACUCUAGCACUUCUUGCUUCACCUUCUAGAAGAUGUAGUGCUCCAGAAUGAUGAGGUCACCAUGAUUUUGUUGUUAGUUCCGCUAAUCCGAGCCUGAACUUUUCCUACGCGGACUUGUAUGACACUUACGUUCAAGCGGAA